GAAAAUGGACUUGGAGGUCAGUGAACCAAUAGACUUUGGCUCUGGAGAUCAUCAACAUCUAGUUCGGAAAGCUGCAGAUGCUUAUGUUGGGGGCAAGUCUGUUCGGUCCUAUGGAACUGUACCUUCGACUCAGGAGCCACAACAAGCUCGUGGAAAUCCACACUCAAAGGCUGGUAAGCGAGCAGAUACUUAUGUGGUACAGAUUUCGCCAGAGACUACUACAGACGACAUCAACCCUGGCCCAUUUUCAGAAACAGCUGUCCGCAGAGCUUUCAUCGUAAAAGUGUUCUUCCUCCUGUCCAUUCAGCUUCUGAUCACUGGGGCAAUCGUCAGCCUGUUUGUUUUCUGCAAGGCUUUACGAUCUUGGGUGAUCAAGAAUCCCUGGUUCAAUUACACACUCUUGCCAGCCUUUUUUGUUAUAUUUAUUGUACUCGCCUGCUGUGGGAAACUCCGCCGCCAGGUGCCUGCGAAUUACAUUCUCCUGGGAUUAUUUACAGUUCUUCAAGGUUUGCUGCUAGGAACCGUGUCAGUUUUCUAUAACGCCGAGGAAGUGUUAUGGGCAACAGGAGCAACAGCUCUGGUGACGCUAUCACUCAGUUUAUUUGCUCUUCAAACAAAAUGGGAUUUCACUUUGCUAAAUGGAAUGCUGUUUGUUUUACUCUUCGUACUUAUCAUCUAUGGAAUUAUCUUAAUCUUCAUUCGAUCAUAUUGGUUGCAUCUAUUGUAUGCCGGACUUGGAACUGUGAUCUUCUCACUCUACUUGGUGAUGGAUGUGCAGCUGAUGGUGGGAGGGCGCCACCAUCAUUCUGACCUGGACCCUGAAGAGUAUGUUUUUGCUGCCCUGAACAUCUACAUGGACAUAAUCAACCUUUUUCUUUUUAUUUUGCAACUGAUUGGAAUGGGACGGUAGUCACAUGGGCAAGGCUGGCUCAUGCUGAAGAGAGGGAAGGAGGGACGGCUGUGAAGACUGCAGGUUACCACUCCAUAAGCCCCUCUAUUUUAAAAAAUACUUUUUUUUCUUGUCAAAUGAAAGCAAGCAUUCAGUAGACAGUAGCUAUAGCUGUUAUAUAUAUUUUUAGUUCCACUGUUACAUUACAAAACUUUCUGGUGGACAUUUUCUGAUUUUUAUAAAUUUAAAAGAUGAGUACAUAACUACAUACUUACAAACAUUUGUAAGAUGCUCAUUACUUUGUUGAAGUUUUCCAGGUAUUACUUAAAACUGUAAACAAUGUCCAUCUACAUGAAUAAAACUGAUUAUAGAAACC